CCGGUCAUGGCCGCCGCAGAGCAGGAGGAGGCGGACGCCGGCGGCAUCCGCACCUCCGAGGACAUCAUGCGCUCCACCAUGACGGACGACCUGCGCUUCGCCGUGCUCAUCGGCCUGGUGGAGGUCGGCCAGAUGGAGGACAAGGAGAUUGUCAACACCAUCCUGCACCUGCUGGUGGGUGGUGAGUUCGACAUGGAGCUCAACUUCGUGGUGCAGGACGCCGGCAACAUCCUGCACAUGCUGGAGGUGCUGGACCACUGUUCGGUGAAGCUGCAGGCGGAGAUCUGGAGCGUGUUCACCUGCAUCCUGCGAAAGUCCAUGCGGAACAUGCAGGCCUGCGUGGAGGUCGGCCUCAUCGAGCACGUGCUGCGGCGGCUGCCCAAGGCCGACACCGUCGUGGCGGACCUGCUGGUGGAGCUGCUGGGCACCCUGGCCACCUACAACGUCACCGUCAGCCAGCUGAAGGUGCUGGUGGGCAGCAUGAAGGCCGGCACGGGCGCCUGGCCGCGCCACUCCAGCAAGCUGCUGACGGUGACUGCGCCAGAUGCCGCAGCGCAGCAGCCCGGACACCUUCUUCAUGUUCCCCGGCAAACCUAA